AUGGGUCAUUCUCACGGCAUCCGUGCUGGUACGAGAUAUGCCUUUUCUAGGCCGUUCAAGCAGAAGGGCAUGAUCAAAUUGUCGACCUACCUCAGACAGUAUAAAGUUGGAGACAUCGUUGACAUUAAGGCCAAUGGCGCCGUACAAAAAGGAAUGCCUCACAAGGUCUACCACGGUAAGACUGGCAUUGUUUACAAUGUUACUAAAUCGGCUGUUGGUGUCAUCAUCUACAAAAGAGUUGGCAAUCGUUAUAUUGAAAAACGCGUCAACGUCCGGAUAGAGCAUGUUCGACUAUCGCGUUCUCGGGAAGAAUUUAUUCAUCGAGUGAAGGGCAACGCUGAGAAGAAAAAGAAGGCAAAGGAGGAGGGAACACAUGUGCAUUUGAAGCGGCAGCCUUUGGGCCCACGGGAGGCGAGAACGAUUGACGCGAAGGCAGGAGUGGAGACAGUGGUUCCGAUUGCUUACGAGACGACCAUUUAA